UCAUCACUCUGGGCGGAAGUACGAACUGAGCGAAAACCCAAACCGCGCAGCCACACUGGUCUGCCGAAAUAAAGCGACAAAAAGGCAGGUUGUUUGAGGUUACUCUUUCUUGCAGUAGUGUGCACCUUUGCACGUUUCUGUUCCUGGACACAGACUGCAGAGGCAAAUGGAGGUACGCAGGAAGUUGCUGAACUCUGUGGAUCAUUGUGUGGACGAGGCUUUGGAGGGCAUAGUGAGCAGCAAUGGAGGGCUGAUGCUCCUGAGAGGACACAGGGUGGUACUGCGCUCUGAUCUCCACAACCUGAAGGGCAAAGUGGCACUGAUCUCCGGAGGCGGCUCAGGACAUGAACCUGCCCAUGCAGGUUACAUUGGGAGAGGUAUGCUAUCAGCUGCUGUAGCAGGAUCAGUGUUUUCGUCCCCUCCUCCUGGCAGUAUUCUGGCAGCCAUCAUGACCCUUUGGCAAAGUGGUACGUCAGGUGUUCUGCUGCUGGUUAAGAACUACACGGGUGACCGUCUGAACUUUGGCCUAGCUGCGGAAAAAGCUCGGGCACAAGGCGUCCCUGUGGACAUGGUGAUUGUGGCUGACGACUGCGCUUUUACCCAUCCCAGUAAGGCAGGCAGGAGAGGACUCUGUGGAACAGUGUUUAUUCAUAAGCUGGCUGGAGCACUGGCUGAGGAAUGCUGUCCAUUAGAUAUGAUUGUUGCAAAAGUAUCAAAGGCAGCAAAAAACAUUGGCACUCUGGGUGUUAGUCUGUCUCCCUGCAGUGUGCCAGGAUGCCUACCGACCUUUGAACUUAUGCCAGGAGAUAUGGAGCUAGGACUGGGAAUCCAUGGAGAACCUGGCAUUAAAAAGUCCAAGAUGGCUUCUGCUGAUGAGGUUGUCAAGACUAUGAUUGAUCACAUGACUGACCAUACCAGCCAAUCACAUCUGCCUCUAAAAUCAGGUGACAAUGUCAUCUUCUGUGUGAAUAACCUUGGUGCUUUAUCCUGUUUGGAGAUGGCUGUUGUCACGAGAGCUGCCAUCAGCUGUUUAAUGGGGCGAGGAGUACAGGUUGCCAGGGUGAUGUCUGGGUUAUUCAUGACUUCACUGGAGAUGGCAGGCAUGUCUCUGUCUGUUAUGACAGUGGAUGAAGAGAUACUUCGACUGUUUGAUGCUAAAACCUCAGCGCCUGCUUGGCCCAACCUCAGCGCUGAGUGUUUAAGUGGGAGGAACCUGUAUGUGGAACCCACAGCGAGACCAGCUGCUGCUGAGACAAGAUCUAAACAAGGUCCAUUCUCAUCUGUGGCAUAUCUAGUUUUGGAAUCUAUUUGCAAAGCCCUUCUACAACGGAAAGAUGAGCUCAAUGCUCUGGAUCGUGCAGCAGGGGAUGGAGAUUGUGGGAGCACACAUGCUCUUGCUGCUGCUGCCAUCGAGCAGUGGAUUCAGACUAACACCAUUCCAGGAAGUCCAUGUCUACUCCUGACAGCCCUUGCUGGGAUGGCAGAGGAGCGAAUGGGUGGAUCUUCAGGAGCACUGUAUAGUCUGUUCCUGACAGCAGCUGCACCCCAUCUAAGGGAAAGUUGUGAUGGAAAAGACUGGGCUAAAGCUCUACAGGCUGGGACUGAAGCUAUGAAAAGGUAUGGAGGUGCUGCGCCAGGUGACAGAACAAUGCUAGACGCACUGUGCCCUGCAGUGGAUGAGUUGAUGAAAUUAUCCACAGCUUCUCCAGGUGGCCAUAUUGCUGUACUACAGGCAGCAGUGGAGAAAGCAGAACUGGGUGCACAGUCUACCCGUGACCUUACUGCUAAAGCAGGUCGAGCGAGUUACAUUGCAUCUGAACGUCUGACUCAGCCUGAUCCUGGUGCCGUGGCUGUAGCAGCCAUUUUCCGAGCAGUGAUUGAUACUCUGAAAGGGAAGGACCAGUGAGCUAAACUGGUGUCAUCGUGUUAAACAUGGAUCGGAGAGGGCCCUUGACCUUGUUAGCGGGGAAGCCAACUAAUAUACAGUACACACAAAUGCGCUGGAUCAGCCUUAACAGAAAACAUUCCACAAUAAUCAAAGAUAAGUUAGUGACUAAUUGCACUAAAAAAAACAGUAUUCGAGUAUUUACGGUAUUUUUUUAGUUUUAUGCAUAGUGGACAAUCUAUUCUUUCUUCUUUUAUCAUGGAUUAAGUAGCCUAUUAAUGACUGAAACAGGAUGCAAUGGUUUCUUACAGACAAAGAGUUUACUGAAGAGUUAAGUACAUAAUCAAAUAAUACUUUUUAAAAACAUGAACAAUAUCUGAAUACCACGUUAUAUAUCAUUGCAUAAAUCAUUUUUAAUUUGUUUGCCAUUCAGGGACAUCUAAUCACGUCAAUUUGUUAAAUAUAAAUCAAAAACCUUCAUAUUAUUGAGUGGAGUGAUUUUUUUUUUGUAUAAUAUGACUGCUAACAUUGUAAAUGUAAUAAUAUGUAAAGCAAAAUGUAAUAAAUUGAAUUCUGUAAA